GGUAUCAGAGCCAGGUUCCUCUUUCAAUUGCCUUUCAUCCUUCAAUUGUCUUCAGAAGAAAUGGCCACAAACAACAAUUUAGGAAGUGUUUCGCAACCAACCAUUCCACUCUUUAAGGGAAGUGGAUAUGAAAUUUGGAGUACUAAAAUGAGGACUUUGUUUAUGUCCCAAGACUUAUGGGACUUGGUAGAGAGGGGUUACACAGAAGCUGCACUCUCAGCAGAGGCACUCAAGGACACAAAGAAGAAGGAUGCUAAGGCGUUGUUUUUCAUCCAGCAGGGAGUGGAUGAUACUAUCUUUCCACGCAUCUCAGCAACAACAAAGUCAAAAGAUGCAUGGGACGCCUUGCAGAGAGGAUACCAAGGCAAUGCCAAGGUGCUUACGGUGAAGUUACAGACAGUUCGUAGAAGGUAUGAAGGUAUGGUCACGAAAAAAGCUGAGAACUUAUCUGAUUUCUUUACCCAAAUAACAGAAAUUGUCAAUCAAAUGAGAAAAUAUGGUGAUGAUGUGCCCGAGCAAAAGGUGGUUGAAAAAAUUCUUAGGAGCUUGCCUAAGAAAUAUGACCAUAUUGUGGCUGCCAUAGAAGAGUCAAAGGAUUUAGCUGUGUUAACAACAGAUGAGCUACUCGGUUCUCUUUUUUCUCAUGAAGACAAGAUGAAGAGGUACGAGGAUCCGGUGGAGAAUGCUUUCUACAGCAAGCUACAGCUGCCCAAAAACAAAUAUGGAGGGAGCUCUUCAGAGUUUAGUAACAGAGGUGGAUUCAAUAGAGGAAAAGGUGCUAUCCGAGGUGGAAGAAGAGGUCGUGGAGGUCGAUUUGGCAACAUUAGGCAUCAACAGAAAGCCAAUGAAAGAAGUGACUACCAGAGUUCAAUUCAGUGCUUUGUUUGUAAGAGGUAUGGCCAUAUUGCUAAAGAUUGUAGAAUUAAAGAUAAGCAAGCUAAUUUUGCACAAGAAAAGGAUGAUGAAACUGAAAGCUUAUUUCUUGCUUGCUACACUACUAAAGAAAAUGUUCCAGAUGUUUGGUAUGUGGACAGUGGCUGCAGCAAUCACAUAACAGGAAACAUUAAUCUCUUCAUCAACCUGGACAAGUCAGUGAGCAAAAAGAUAACCAUGGGUGAUGGUACCAUACGAAAAGCACAAGGAAAAGGUACGAUUAAAUUGGAUGAACAUGGCAAGAAUUGUAUAGAUGAUGUCCUGCUCGUACCUCAUUUGGAUUCUAAUUUGCUAAGUGUGGGUCAGUUUAUGAUGGAUGGAUAUUCACUUGUUUUUGAAAAUAUGGCUUGCUAUGUUUACAAAGAUGGAACUAAAAAGGAGCUUUUAAUUAAAGUUCCAAUGGCAAAAAACAAGUGUUUUCCUUUAACUCUUGACUGUGAGUCUGCAUUGAAUGUCACUUUGCAUGAUGAAAAUUGGUUGUGGCAUCAUAGAUACGGGCAUUUGAAUUUCCAGGGGUUGGUACAUUUGUCAAAACAGAAUUUAGUGCUUGGUUUGCCUAUCAUUGGACAAGUUGAUGGUGUGUGUGAAAGCUGUGUCUAUGGCAAACAGCAUCGAGAUGCUUUUCCCAAAGGAAAGGUGAGAAGAGUUUUGAAACCUGCUAAGUUGAUACAUGCAGAUGUUUGUGGGCCAAUGAAUACUUUGUCUCUCAACAAAAGCAAGUAUUUUAUUGUCUUUGUUGAUGAUUUUAAUAGACUGACAUGGGUUUACUUUGCUAAAGAGAAGUCAGAUGCCUUCCCAAUCUUUAAAAAAUUCAAAGCUCUUAUUGAAAAGCAAAGUGGAUAUUCAAUCAAAGUUCUAUGGACAUAUCAAGGUGGAGAAUUUGUUUCAGCUGAAUUUAACAAAUUUUGUGAGGAUUUCGGCAUCAAAAGGCAGUUGACAGCAAGCUAUAUGCCUCAACAGAAUGGGGUAGCUGAAAGGAAAAAUAGAAGCCUUGUGGAGAUGGCAAAAAGCAUGCUGAAAGCAAAAGGUUACAGAUUUUAUAAUCCUAUCACCAAGAAGUUACUAAUCAGUCGUGAUGUGAUUUUUGAUGAGAAAAAUUCAUGGAAUUGGAAUGAGAAGAAAAGUCCAGGUUUUGUGUUGGUUGAUGGCAUUUUGGAGGCUGAUCCAGUCAUGACAGAAGGUGAAAUGGGUGAAGGUCAAAGUUCCUCUACACCUAACAGUGGCAGCAGACCAUGUUCAUCCUCACUUGAGACACCUCCAGCUCCAAGGAAAGCAAGGAGAGUAAGGUCCUUGGUGGAAAUCUAUGAACAAACUCAAAGGUGUCAAAUGGCACAUGUUGAGGAGCCUAGCUGUUUUGAGGAAGCAAUGGAGAACAAAAAAUGGUGCAAAGCUAUGGAUGAGGAAAUAGAGGCCUUGGAAAGAAAUCAAACAUGGGAGCUUGUGGACUUGCCUAAAGACAACAAAGUUCCUCAGGGUUAUGAAAUUGAAGGACAGGAGCAGAAAGUGUACAAGUUGAAGAAAGCACUCUAUGGUCUGAAGCAAGCACCAAGAGCUUGGUAUGAAAGAAUUAAUGCUCAUUUUUGCAGCCAUGGAUUUCAUAAAAGUCCAAGUGAGCCUACUUUGUAUGUUCAGACCAAAGGUGGAGAUGAGGUACUAUUAGUGUGUCUUUAUGUUGAUGAUUUAAUAUACACUAGUAAUAGCUCUUUUUUGUGGAAAGAAAUUAGAAGAAUGAUGGUUAAUGAGUUUGACAUGACUGACCUGGGUUUAAUGAGAUAUUUUUUGGGGCUGGAAGUGGUUCAAAAUGGUGAGGGAAUUUUUAUUUCCCAAGAGAAAUAUGCUAAAGAUCUCCUUAAGAAGUGCAGAAUGGAAGAUUGCAACUCAAUGGGAACUCCAAUGGUUUCUAAUCAAAAGUUCAGUUUGGAUGAUGGAGAAGAAAAAGUUGAUGCUCAUGCCUAUCGCAGCCUUAUUGGGAGUCUUCUUUUUCUCACAAACAACAGGCUUGAUAUUGCUUUUGCCAUUAGUGUGCUAUCUCGUUUUAUGCAGAGUCCAAGCAAGACACAUUAUGGAUCUGAUAGUGAUUGGGUAGGUUGUGUUGAUGACCGGCGUAGUACUUCAGGUUAUGCUUUCUUUUUGGGGUCCGGUGCUAUCUCUUGGAGUUCAAAGAAGCAAGCCUCUACAGCUUUUUCAUCUUCAGAAGCAGAAUAUAUCUCCUUAAUAGCAGCAGCGUGUCAAGCCACAUGGACAAGAAGAAUUCUGGAGGAUAUGAAGCAAUUACAAGUGCAGCCAACAACAAUAUUUUGUGACAAUCAAUCGACCAUUGCGAUGACAAAAAAUCCAGUAUUCCAUAGUCGAACUCGUCACAUUGAGACUCGGCACCAUUUCAUAAGGGAGUUAGUGGUGAGUGGGGGCUUGGAGGUUGUUCACUGCAACUCAAAGGAUCAAGUCGCUGACAUCUUUACGAAGCCACUUCCUUUGGAUAAGUUUAUCCAUUUAAGGGAUUUGCUUGGAGUUUUAAAUUUCAACAUUAAGGGGGAGCAUGUUAUGAUAUAAUGCUGAAAUGGGUCUUUGCUUAGGUGUCAAUUUCUUUGUUUAUGUGUCAAUUUCUUGUUUAUGUGUCUACCAAAUAAUAUGCAGUUUUUGUUUAAUAGUUGACAGAGUCCAAGUUUGUUACUUAGUGGAGAUAUAGUUCCUUGUUUUUAGAGAUAAGAGUAUUUUCUUGUUACCAGAUCGUGUAGUCAUCGUGUCCUUGUAUUGUGCAAUAUGUUGCUCUACAUUUUCUAUUUAAAUGGGCACAGAUCAGUUGAAUAAAUAUCUUCAAUUUCA